ACUUUGUUGACGUUUUUCGACCGCUAUAAAUUUUUGGUUCGUGCAGUGGAAUAUUCGGUCAAAAACUCGCAAAAACAAUGGCAACGAAAACGGAUACCCCUACCCACCCAAAGUACGUCGAUAUGAUAAGCAGUGCAGUUAAAAACCUUGGUGGAAAGGGGGCAUCUCGGCAAGCUAUCAAUAAAUACAUCGUCAAGGAAUUUAACCUGACAGAGAAUAAACACCACCACACGAUGCUGAACCAGGCUUUGAAGCGAGCCUCUGCACCAGAGGGGACUUUAGUCCACAAUAAGGGAAAGGGAGCCGCCGGUUCCUUCAAACUUAGAGCUGCGACACCGGCUAAAGCAGCACCGAAGAAAACGCCAGCGAAGAAAUCAGCAAAGAAACCAGCACCGUCUGUGAAGAAAACCGCCCCAAAUGAUAAAACAAAAGCGGGGGAGACUCCAAAAGCAGCAGGUAAAAAAACGGCUAAGCCUGCUAAAGCCAAGAGAGGAAAGAAGUCGAAAGCAGCGUCUCCUAAAAAACCUAAAGUUGUUCGAGCAAAGAAGUCUCUAAAAAAGCCAGCAAAGGCGGCCGCUAAAAAGUAAACAGUUAUAUGCCUAUAUAGGUCUAUCUGUAUGUAUGAUAAAACUAGAAGAACGUCAAGGUUGUGCGCAUUAGUUAUAGUUUUCUCGUAACAGCAAAGUUCAUAGGGACUAUGAAGGGACAACAACUGCAUUGUUGUGCAUUUUAUAGGGGCCCUAGCCCCCGACAUAAAAACAGAAAGGCAUCAAGAUUGUCAUAAUAUUUGUUUAUUAUUUGAUUUUUAUGUUUGUAUGCUUAAACCGUUGCAUUUGUAGAUGAAAAAUGUGUAGGUUUAGAUAAGUUUGCAGCGGACGACAACACAACUUGUUAUGACAUGUUAUGGCCUAGACGAGUAUUUAUAUAAAAUGAAUUUGUACACAGCA